ACUCAGCGGGAAGAGUGUCAAACUACCGCUUACGCAUUGUUUUAGCAAAAUAUGUCUUUAUUGUGGCUUGCUUUGUCUGUUUCUUUCUGAGUCAACGUGACCCUCCGUUUUUGCGUAAGCGAAACAAAGUUAUUCCGUGUUUAUGGAGUUAUGGGAACGGUGUCAAAGGAGGCAGAAAAUGUCCGAAACCCGCUGGUUUUCUUCGACUUGGAGACGACUGGACUGGAUAAGAAGUGUGAGAUUGUCCAGCUGGCUGCAGUGAGCGGAGACCACUCACUGAACCUCUACGUCGUCCCUCGCUGUCGAAUGCAGAGAGGAGCGUCCAGAGUGACCGGCUUCUGUGUGCGCAGGCAGAGGCUGUAUCAGCACCGGCAUCCCGUCCUCACCAACACCCUCCGAGAGGUGGUGGUCUCCUUCAUCGCGUUCCUCCGGAUGUUCCGACGCCCGCUGGUCGUUGGCCACAACAUCCGCCACUUCGAUUGCCCGCUGCUGGCCAGAGCGCUGGACGAACUGGACCUCCGCGCAGAGUUCGAGUCCUGCGUCUCCGGCUGCGUGGACACUCUCCCACUGGCUCGUGAGCUGCUGAAAGACCGCCGUCUCCAAAGCUUCCGACAGGAGAACCUGGUCAGGGAGCUGCUGGGGCUGCACUACAGAUCCCACGAUGCUUUGGAGGAUGUCCGGGCGUUACAGGCACUGUAUGGUGUCCUCCAGCCCACAGCUGAGGUGGUGUGCAGGCAUUGGUUCACUCUGGACACCAUGAACAAAGCAGCUGGUCAGGAGCUGCCAGGAUCCAAUAAUCCUACAGAACUCUGCAACCAAACAGCAAAACACUCGUAGACAGGUGUGUUUCACCUUUAAAAUCUGCAGGAGAGCGUCUUGAGACACUUUUUACCGGCACCGAGGGGCCUGUUUCUGCUAGUUUACUGCAAAACUGUGACAGAAGAACAACUCAAAGGAAUAAAAACACUGACUCUGAGCAAAAUUUGAGAUCUGGGAUUUUUCAAAAGAGAGUCUUUGAGUCACCGGACAUGAAUAUAUACUCUUUUGGUUUUUCAUUUUAAUUAUUAUUAUUAUUAAGUUAUGGUAUUUAAAGUGUCUCCUGUUAAGAUGAAUUUUACUUGAACAUUUUCUGUCGAAUGAAUACAAAUAAAUAUUUUUCUACAGAAUUGUAGCCACCAUCAACGCCCUUCUGUAUGUCAGUGUUGACAAUAAACAUCA